AAAAAUGAUUAAUUUAUCUUCUCUAGUUGGCUUUUUUGUGUUAGGACUUAUAGGAUGGGUUACUUAUAAAUUAAUUAUUUGGCCAUUUUAUAUUUCCCCUUUGAGAAAAAUUCCUGGUCCACCAUCUGAAAAUAUAUUUCUUGGAAAUUUUAAAUCAUUUUUUAAGGAAGAGGAACCACAUGUCAAGUGGAUGCAACAAUAUGGGAAUAUUGUAAAAUUCUAUGGAAUAUUUAAUCGCCCAGAUGUUUUCGUCUCAGAUACAAAAAUAAUCCAAGAUAUCACAUUAAAUCAUGUUUACGACUUUGUUAAACCUCAUGAUAUGUCGGCUGAUUUUGCUAAAAUUGUUGGUAGAGGUCUUGUACUUGCGGAAGGUGAAGAACAUAAAAGACAAAGAAAAAUGAUGAAUCCAGCUUUCACUCACAAUAACAUCAAAGAAAUGGUUCCAACAUUCAUUCGAGUGGUUUCCACCUUAAAAGAGUUAAUAGAAGAUAAAAUAAAAGAAGAUUCUAACAUUAAUCUUACACCUUAUAUCUCAAAAACUACCUUAGAUGUUAUUGGCUCAGUCGGAUUUAAUUACGAAUUUAAUUCAUUAACAUCUUCAAACGAUUUGGCGGAUGCUUAUGCUUCUCUUUUUAAUAAUAAAACGAAUCCUGUCUUACGUAUUUUCGUCAGUAUAUUAUCGAGUUAUAUCCCGCUUGUUAGAAAAAUUCCAAUAGAUGAAAAUAGAAAAUUUAACAAUGCGUGUUCGGUUAUUCACCGGGUGUCAAAGAAAUUGAUGGAAGAAAAAUAUAACGAAGCGAAAAAAGGAGAAUUGAAAAGCAAGGAUCUAUUAUCUUUGUUAAUCAAUAUUAAUAAAACAUUACCUGCUGAAGAGAAAAUGACUGAUGAAGUAUUACAAUAUCAGAUUAUGACAUUUCUAAUAGCAGGACAUGAAACCACGAGUGCUUCAACUUGUUGGGCAUUGUAUUUACUUACAAAAUAUCCACAUGAGCAAGACUUAUUGCGUGAAGAAUUGGUUAAAGCUUUUCCUGAUAAAUCAAAAUUCAACCCUACAUUUGAUGAAAUUAAUUCUUUGGAAUAUUUGAAUUGCAUAAUUAAAGAAACCUUAAGAUUACAUUCUCCUGUACCGAUUAUUAGUCGAACUAAUGUUGAAGAUAAAGUUUUCGGAGAAUAUUUAAUUCCGAAGAAUACCAGAAUAAUGUUGAACGUUUCGGCACUUCAUAAAUCACCUGAAAUCUGGGGCCCAACAGCUAAUGAUUUUGAUCCAAAAAGGUGGUUAAAUCCUUCAAUAACUAAAAAUGUGACCAAUCUAAAUUAUUUACCUUUCCAUACUGGUACAAGAUCUUGUAUAGGCAAUAAAUUAGCUUUAACUGAAUUCAAGAUAUUGUUAGGUAUGUUAAUUAGGAAUUUUGUUUUUCAACCAAUUGAAGGAUUUAACUUUGAUGCAAGAAGUCUUACUAAUAAUAAGCCUAGUCCAUAUCUUGGAUUAAAUGUUACUAAAGUUGGGGUUUAACAGGACUUAAUUUUUAUUUAUAUUUUUAUAUCACUUUUUUUAUCAUA